AUGGACCAUUCAAAAAGGUCAAGCUGGAGGGUCACAGUGGACGGGUGUCUGACUCCAACCCAGAACAUUCAGAAAACAAGAGAACGACUGCUAGUGGCUUUAGAGGCAGCUUCCAGAGGCUGCCUGGAUUCCUUGACUCAACAUCCAGUCCACCUUUGUUCUUCUGCGGUGACAUCUCUUACUGUUGACUGGCCCUUCUGUCUCCCUUUGAUAAAUACCCUUAUAUUACAUCGGGCCCAUCUGGAUAAUCUCCUCAGCUCAAGACCUUUAACUCUAGUUGCAAGUAUGCACGGACUAGAAAGAAAUGAGAAGUUAGCUAUCUAUAUUGACCUUCUGGAGGACACUGUUGCCAUAAAUGCGUCAUUUAAAUAUUGCAACAACAGGACCCACACCCCUCGCAUCACCACCUGCAGCCCCCGCGCGGCGCCGCCACCCCCGGGAGUCCUGGGUGGGCACCUGCAAACUCCGCCUUGUGCACCUGCGGCCCUUGAGCCGGUGCUAGCGCCUGAUCGAGCCAGAGCUACGGCCAACGCGGGGCUGCAGCUGCUGGGCUUCAUCCUGGCCUUCCUGGGCUGGAUCGGCUCCAUCGUCAGCACCGCACUGCUUCAGUGGAAGAUUUACUCCUACGCUGGUGACAACAUAGUGACAGUCCAGGCCAUCUAGGAGGGGCUGUGGAUGUCCCGCAUGUCGCAGAGCACCGGGAAGAUCCAGUGCAAAGUCUUAGACUCCUUGCUGAAUCUGAACAGCACUAUGCAAGCAACCCGUGCCUUGAUAGUGACUGGCAUCCUUCUGGCUAUACCCAUCUUUGUGGCCACCAUUGGCAUGAAGUGUAUGAAGUGCAUGGAAGAUGAUGAGGUGCAGAAGAUGUGGAUGGCUGUCAUUGGGGGAGUGAUCUUUCUUAUUUCAGGUCUGGCUAUCUUAGUUGCCACAGCAUAGUAUGGUAACAGAAUUGUUCAAGAAUUCUAUCACCUCAUGACCCCGGUCAAUGCCAGAUAUGAAUUUGGUCAGGCUCUCUUCACUGGCUGGGCUGCUGCUUCUCUCUGCCUUCUGGGAGGUGCCCUACUUUGCUCCUGUCCCCGAAAAACAACAUCUUACCCAACACAAAGGCCCUAUCCAAAACCUUCACCUUCCAGUGGGAAAGACUACGUGUGACAGAAUCAAAAGGACAAAACCGUGUUGGAACAACCAGAAAAUGGACAUUGAAAUACUGUCAUUGACAUUGAGAUCUUCGACUUUUGACUGUUAGAGUCUGAACUAUGGUAUAACCAAAAAAA